UAUCCCAAUGACACAAGCGACCCAUUCCUUUUUGGUGUGGAACCAAAAACCUUCAGCCGACGAUAAGAUUUUGGUGGAAAACAUGACCAACUGGAUACAAAAUGAAACUGUGAAGCUGUACGUCUCCUCUACUCUACUUAUGUGUCCCGAUCAGGACAUGUGCUUUGGAGAUCAAUUUUGGAGGAAUCACACAUUUCAACUGAAAAUUCGCAGCUGUUUUCAUUGUAGUUGCAAUGACGAAUGUUUCCGGAUGAAGAACUGCUGUCCCUGGAGAAAUUACUUGCAGAGUCCAAACGACACCCCAAGCUUCAUAAGAUAUAAGGAUCACAGGAUUUCCAGACCAUCACAUUAUGAUAAUAUUUCACUAGAAUGUAGAAAAACUAUAUUUUAUACAAGUUUGCCCUUUGAUGAACAACGCCAGGGCUACUUCUUAAUUUCUUCAUGUCCAGACCAUUUUAAAAACUACGAAAUUGUCGAAAGAUGUCGAAGAUCUCGCGAUUAUAGGGAAACCCAACCUGUGAUUUCUUUGAGCACAAAUGAAUCCUUCAAAAAUUUGGACUGUGCCAUAUGUAAUGGUGAACGUCCAGCACAUCUUUUAGAAUGGGUAACAAGACUCAUUUGCGGGGAACCACUUGACGUAUUUCAAUAUAGAUCCCAGGAACAAUUACAAAAAGCGAUCUUAAACAAUCAAUCCUCCUGCAUAUUAGAUUUUGUACCACCAUCAUAUCUUGAUGAUAGGGUUAGAAAAUGUAAGACAAUCCAAGAAGUAAACACAAAAUGCAAUGUGACUGGAGAAUGGGACGAAUAUAACUUCGAUAUUGAAAGAGGGUGUGUUGGGGAUUUCUACAGUCCGUAUAUGUUUUGCCCUUCAACUCUUACUUCCUACACUCUUUAUAAAAACAUAUACUGUGCAAUGUGUAAUGUCAGGAAUUGGACAACAGGCCUAAUGACAGAAUGUAGUGAGCCUCAUUAUGUAAACGAUGUAACAACAUUUUCUGCUUUAUUAGAUUUUAGAGGAAGCUAUUCAAAGGAAAAUGACCAACCCAAGGAGUGUCCUAAAAAACAAAUAUAUGAUCCUUUAACGAGGAAAUGCCUUCAAAUAAUGUGCGAGAAAGGCAUGAUAUAUGAAAACUCAAAGUGUGUUCCAGUUCAGGAAAAGAUCAACCGUCAUGUUUACGAAGUCAACCUGAUACUAACAAGAGGGUCUAACAAUACGAAAUUGGAAAUGUUACAAAGCACGCUUUAUAUAUACAACGAAAUACAGGAAAAUUUUGGAACAGAAAUGACUGACAUGUACAUACUGACUUCCAAACGCUGGGAUCCUCUGCGAGAUUCGGAUUAUUAUAUCGCCUUAUACAUUGAACUAUACCUGGAACACUCUCACAACCGUAAGAAGUUUAUAGAGAAAUUAAUAGACUUCUUCAAAAAUUUGACUGAGUUAUCAAAGUAUUUCACCAUUGAAUUUAUUGGUCAAUCAUUUAAAUCACAGUAUCUCCCCAAGUUUCUUCUUCUACGCACAUAUAAUCUAUUCCACCACCCCUUCUCUGAUGACCCUUGGUAUAUGUUAAUGCAUUUUACCAACCAAGAUAUAAAGCCUCUUAGAGAAAUAGAAGCUGCGAAUCUAAGGUCACUCAUUGCCCCGGUUACUUUGUGUCCAAGAGUAGUAGUACACAAAAGUCAAACAAAGAUCAUCAUGACUAACUUCUCUCUCUGCUUACUCGAUUAUGGAUUUUGUGUAAAAUCUGAGUACUUCAAGGAAUCCAACGACAAAGGGUAUGUCGAGGUCUGCAUGGAUCAGUAUACACAGGGCAUAAACGCGGCUUAUUCCGCCUCUUUGAAAUCGUUUACAGAAGAAAAGGUGCUGUCGGUGAUUUGCUUGUCUUUUUCUUCAGUAGGAUGUCUUGGGUCAGUGAUCGCGUUUAUUAUUUAUGAUGAAGUCAAUCAUCUACAUGGUCUAAACGUCGUGUCCACGUCUCUUAUUCUGUUUUUAGCCAAUAUUUUUUAUUUGUUGUCUUUAGUUGCGCCUUUGCAUUCCGUAUUGUGCAUGACUGUAGGUGCGUUCAUACACUUCUUAUGGUUAUCAGUUAUGAGUUGGAUGACGGUGUCGUGCUUUUCAUUCUUUCGUGCGUUUAUGUUCGUUAGGUUUACAAAAUCAGAAACGCAUACUACGAGGAAAAGAUUUCUUUGGAAUAUAUUAUACAGUUUACUUUUUCCUUUAAUCAUGGUUUCGGUGAAUAUUUUGGUCAACUUUCUAGUGUACACCAAUUAUAGUUACGGGUAUUCCAUGUACACGUGUUAUAUUUCUAAACCGGAAAUGAUCUUGUAUACCUUCGCUCUGCCUUUAGCAGUAAUGGUGAUCUUAAACAUCUUUAUGGUUAUAAUGACUGCCCGAGAAAUCAAAGUAAAAAAUAGCACAGUACCCCACUUGGCCAAUGAUCGACGUAUGGUUCUGGUUUUCUGCAGGUUGUCUACAUUGACUGGAGGGGCGUGGCUUUUUGGAUUUCUUCAUCAAAUUCUCCAGAUUCAGCUGUUUUCAUAUUUGCACAUUCUAAUCACUGGUACACAGGGCGUGUUUAUAUUCUUUGCUUUUGCUUUUCAUUUGAUAACAAAGAGGAAGGAAAAGGAAGAUAAUGGGAUGGCGAAGGAAAAGAAGUUGGACACCACGUUGACAUCAUAA